AUGUCGUCGCAGGAUCUUUCGUUCCGUCACCCCAUAUGCUUUGGCAUCUCUCUGCAAGCGCUGGAUGACGACGGGAGAUGCAUAUGGGGAGGAUAUGAGAUGUGCUGCGCGUUUUGUUGUGAUGCGAUCAGGAUCACGGCGCUGCGGAGGAGCGGUGUCACUCCAUACCUUUGUCAAUACGUGUCCGUCGCCGUGCCACAGUCCUUGUCGUUGCCGAACAACGAUAGCUACUUAAAGUCCACGCUUGUCAUCCUGCGUUCUGCUCUCAAUAAAGCUAUCUCCAUUCUGACCAACGCUACCGCGCCCACUUCGUCUUCGUCUUCCACUUAUUCGAACACGAACACGAGCACGAACACGAACACGAACACGAACGCGCGCACAUUCACCGACGCAAUGGCCUCAUCCUCUUCAGUCGCGCCAAAGCGCGUCCACUUCUCCGAUUCUCCUCUCACCUACACCUACACGCCACCCGCCACGCCGCGCACUCCCUCGCCGACAUGGUCAGACUCCUCACUGCCCGACAAUGACUCGGGACCUUCCACGCCUCCUCCUUCGUCGACGACCUUCUUUCCACCGCACGACGCAUCAAGCGGCAAGAAGCAGGCUUCUCCAAAUGCACUGCUGUUUGAUGCACGAACACAAGCGGCAGCGCUCAUGUGGAACGUCAUCGUGCCACCGAACCAAGCUACCGUGCGCUCGUUGCGCAAGACCAGCAAGGGCAAAGACGUCCUCACGGCUCUCCACCCUUCGGACCUCUCCCAAUCCGCUACCAAUCCCGGGUCAUCCUCGCUCGACAUUCGCAUCGCGCAACUCCCGCUGUUCUGGAAACCCAUUCAGCUCCGUCGAGGCGCGUCGUAUGGCGCUGGCGCAAUACCGUUCACUGUUGCCGAGGUCAUAGAGGCCGUUCAUCGUUACGUCCAAUUACCGAUCUCGCAGAAGGAAUACAACAUGUUCCCGAAGGACGUGCAGAACAACAUCGCGAAGGCGUACUGGAAGCGAUAUGACGCUUCUGCGAACGCCGGGAAUGCCACGGAGGCGGAGAAGAUCAAGCGCGGUGGACUUCGACGCGUCGACGCGCUUGGCGGGAACACCCAGUUCGUUGCGUUCAUCCCUGCUCCCGGGACGGAUACCUGGCAGGUCAUUCUCACUGCGCCGAGGUCGUGAACGCGUCCCGUUCCGACUUCCGACCUCCGAACUGCAACAUCAACAUCAACACUUCCCGUCUGGCAUCUUACCUACCUUAUUCCGUCCCCCUAUUCGAUUCCGUCCGUUUUUAUUGAUUUGCACUUAUUCGACGCCACGCACCUAGACUGUAUCCAUACCCCACACGAAACCUAAAAAAAGGUCAAACGAACAAAAAGAAGAACGCACGUAGCAUACCAUUCCUAUACCCCAACCCAUUCUAGUUUUAUUCUACUGUUCGACGUUUUUGACGCUUCGAUGGUUCGAUGCUUUUUGAU